AUGGUGGCCUGCAGAUUAGUAACCCUCGCUGGGUUGGGCCCUUUGUGCACAUGGACCAUUGCGUUCGUCUUCAUCCGUCCUCCUGCUUCCUCCUCCGUUUCCUGCCACAGCAGCUUUUGGUCACAUUGUUUUGGCGCGAGCGGCAGUUCUCGCAGUCACAACCCAGGAGUUUCUCUUGCCACAGUCAUGGCUCUCCACGAUGACGCCGAGCACGACGGGCUCAUCGACGAGAGUCCACCGCGCUCCCGCAGUGGCCGUGGCCGCCGUUUUGCUGCCGCCGCGGCGACGACGGUCGUGCUGCUGCUGCUGCUUGCAGCCACGGUGAUGCCUCUGCGCGCGGCCUGGACACCGCACGGUGCCGCGGCGCGCGGUUCGGAACCAGGUGUCCGCCAUGGAGCUGCACGUUUUUCUGGGCCCAGUGGCCUCGUGAGCAAACAAGAAGAGGACGGAGACGCCGAAGCAGACGCCGAAGCAGACGCCGACAACACGGAGUCCACCAUCGAGCAGGUGGCCGCAAUCCCGCAGACCGUCUAUGUCCUGGACUGUCCCGCGUCCGACGACGACACCACUUCCAUGACCCUGGUCCGUACGAUGGGUGGCCUGAUCGCGGCGUUCAAGCUGAACGGCAAGAGCAUCAUCCUCGAAGAGCCGAGCCCUGAAUCUGGAAUGCAGGGGUCCACCUUCUGGCCAAGCCCGCAGAGCCUGUUCGACUGGCCUCCGCCCCCGACCAUCAGUGGCGGCACAGAGGCUGACGGCGAGACCGGCCGAUCUGCUGAGGGCGGCGGCACUUACGACGUGCAAGUGGACGACGCCAAGCUGUCGGUGGUCCUCACCAGCCAGCCAGACCCCGACCUCGGAGUGAGGGUGGUGAAAAACGUCUCGUGCGACACGGAGCGGCAAGCCAUGGUUGUCCGUUACACGAUGGAGAAAGUGGAUACAGCCACAAAUUUAAGCUUGGCUGGGUGGGAGAAGACCAAUUUGCCAGCAGGUGCGCUCAUCUUCUGGGACCAUGGUGAUGCUGAGACGGUCACCCGCAUUGACGACAUGUCGAACAAGACGUCUCAGACCUUGGAUGUGGAUGGCGACACUUUUUAUUUCGACCACUCGAACGAUGACGUUCACGAGGGUGGUACCAAGAUAGCUUCCAACACAACUUCCUCUUGGAUCGCGGCUGUGAGGGACGAUAUUAUGUUUGUCAAGGUAUUCAAGUCGGUCCCACUGGACAAAGUGGCCCCUGGCGAGGGUGACGUUGCUGUCUUCGCGAGGCCUUCGUUUUCCUCGAUCGAGAACCAGGGCGCCUACGGGGCGGUCAAGAAGGGAAAGCCUUCAGUGUACGUCGUGUGCUGGUACGCGCGCAAGCUCCCCGAUGGGGCCCAGGCGGCGAAAGGUGACGAGACGAUGCUGGAUGCAGUCCGUGAGGUGGCGAAGCUGGGCUGCCCAGAGAAGUGUUGGCCCGGCAUCUUUGAGAGGGCCAGCCCAGACCAGCCCGAAGCGGAUCAGAUGCUUCUGCCUAUCCGGGUCGCCCAGUCCUGCCGCCAUGGCCCCGUGAAGCGGGCGAUGCAGAGCGACCGUGCGGGCGGCCAGCCGUCGGCCCAGGUCGUCGUGUCCCUCCUGUUCCAGUUGGGCCACGAUGGAGACAUGCAGCGCCUUCGGAGCGCUCUGACCUUCAACGCGAAGGCCUCCCUGCUGCACAUCUUCGCGGUCAUCUCGGGGCAGCGCGGCGCGCGGGCCUUGUGGCCGCGAAGUUUCGCGGAGAUCCCCGCGGACGCCGCGGUCGCGUGCUUCUUCUGCCUCCGCGACGGCGCGGAGGAGUGGCUGCCCCACCCGCCGUGGAGCCCCUUGGGCCAGCUGGCCCCCGUCGCGGGCGCCGCCCCCAGGCUGCAGCUGCUCCUGCGCGUGCGCCGGGCCGUGGCGGCGGCCGCGGCGGAGUUCCCCUGCUCCGCCGUCGCAGAGGCCCUGGCCUACGGGGCGUACCGGGAGGCGGUGGGCGGCGCGGCCGGCCGCGGCGCCGCCGGCCGCGGCGCGGGCAGGACAAAAUGGGACGCGCAGCUUUUCUCAUCAGCGGAGGAGGAGCUGCGCUGAGGGUACCGGACAACCCUCCUCUCUAUUUGUCUCUGGUGAUCGCUAACGG